ACGUCGGUCUGUUGUCAGCGUCGGUCCAGUAUUGUAAUGGCAUGCUCUGUCCCCUGAAGUCUUCUUGAUGUUAGAGAAGACCAGCUUCGUGCGUAGAAGACGACCUCUUCAGCUUCGGUUUUUUGCUUUCUUUUCUCUUCCUUGUCACGUUUCUUCCCGACCCCUUUGUUCCCCUUAGAAAGUGUCUUGAGCCGUGAAGAUUCUUGGAAGUCUGUUUGCGCGUGUGUGCACAGUUCGAGUCCUGAAGACCUCCUGAAGACCCGUUCUUUCACCUUUUCCUUGGGUUCAGCUUUGAAGUUCCGGCUGAGGUGGCGUGCUUGAUUGGCGAGUGAGGGGUGCGGAGAAUGGAAGAGCGUUAUGAGCCAUUGAAGGAGCUCGGCUCUGGGAAUUUUGGAGUGGCGAGGUUGGUCAGAGAUAGGAAGACAAAUGAGCUUCUUGCUGUCAAGUACAUAGAGAGGGGAACCACGAUUGAUGAGAAAGUCCAGAGGGAAAUCAUCAACCACAGAUCCCUGAGGCAUCCAAACAUUGUCAGAUUUAAGGAGGUCCUGUUGACCCCUACUCAUUUGGCUAUUGUCAUGGAAUAUGCGGCUGGUGGAGAGCUUUUUGAGAGGAUAUGCGCCGCUGGUCGUUUUAGCGAAGAUGAGGCAAGAUUUUUCUUUCAGCAGCUCAUAUCCGGCGUCAGCUAUUGUCAUACCAUGGAAAUUUGCCACCGAGACCUUAAACUGGAAAACACACUACUCGAUGGAAGUCCAAUGCCUCGUCUCAAGAUAUGCGACUUUGGUUACUCAAAGUCCGGUCUGUUGCAUUCACAACCCAAAUCAACGGUUGGAACGCCGGCAUACAUUGCUCCAGAAGUUCUGUCAAGAAAGAAAUAUGAUGGCAAGAUUGCAGAUGUUUGGUCUUGUGGUGUGACACUAUAUGUGAUGCUGGUUGGAGCAUACCCAUUCGAGGAUCCUGACGAUCCUAGGAAUUUCCGGAAGACCAUCGAUAGAAUAUUGAAUGUCCAGUACUCCAUACCAGACUAUGUGCGCGUUUCUGUGGAUUGCAGGCACCUGCUUUCUCGCAUAUUUGUCGCCAAUCCUGCUGAGAGGAUCACUCUCCCGGAGGUAAAGAAGCAGCCUUGGUUCCUGAAGAACUUGCCAAAGGAGUUGAUCGAAGGUGACAAAUCGAACUACAAAUCAGAAAAGGACCAACCCAUGCAGAGCGAGGAAGAAACGAUGAAGAUCAUACAAGAGGCGCGGAUGCCGGGCCACGGACAAAAAGCCGGCGGGCCAGGUGUGGCCUCAGAGCCCGACCCUGACGAAGAAGCUGAUCUGGAAUCCGAAAUUGACGUCAGCUGUGAUUUUUAGGCCCCUGGAUGAACGAUGGUAUCGAGUUGACGGUGGAACUUCAAGCAUGUAAAAAGCCAAGCCAUGUGUAGUAGCCAGAGAAAAAAAAAAAACGAAGGAAAAGAGAGAGAGACGUAAGGUAAACUGUUCCUCAAGAAUGAAGAAACUUAAGACGGUGUGAAAAAAAGGAGUGAAUCUCCAAUCCUCUGCUGAUUGUACCGGCAAGAACUCGUAUCCAAUUUGACUUGCUUUUCUCGAUCUUUG